UUCGGUUUGUUCCAGUUCAUCCUCAUUCGUGAACAGCUGAUUGACUGGUUGUAUUAUUCUUGUCUUUUGUGGAGAUUCGCCUGAAUGUCGUACGCUGUAAACCAAGUCUUUGUAAAACUUUUAUGGGGAAUAUAAGUACACCGUCGCAAUACUUGGGUAUUACAUCUUAAAAUGGACGGUUCGAGGCAACAUCUCACUGAAUCGGAAUCAUCUUCUACGGAAUCGGACAGUCACCUGGAAUCUAUUAGAAUAAUGGACUUCGAGGACAGUCAAGAUUCAAUUUCUACAAACCAAUCAACAUCGAAUACAACAAUUGAUUCCCACAGGCAAAAUCCUGAACUGGAAAUUGAUAGUGAUGGAACAUAUUCCAUUGCAAGCAGUGGGAAUAUGGAUGAAGAAACUUUCUGUGGAGUAGGCAAGCAUAAGCCAAAACAUAAGUGGCAUGCACUUAAAGCUUUUACUCAAAGGGGCCUUGGGAUUUCUAGUCAUAAGACCAUGGACACUGUGUUUAAUGCAAACUGCUAUGGAUCCCUACGGUUUGUCCAGCGUUUAGAACUAGCCUCAAAAAUGGAUUGUCAUAAUGGGUGUGUGAAUGCCCUUCACUUCAAUUCAAGUGGUUCAAGACUUGCAAGCGGAUCAGAUGAUCUUAGCAUCAUUAUUUGGGACUGGAGCCGAGCAGAACCGGUUCUGAAUUAUGACAGUGGACAUCGAGGAAACGUUUUCCAGGCAAAAUUUUUACCGUUAUGCGGCGACACACACAUCGUUUCUUGUGCUCGGGACGGACAUAUAAGACUUGCAGAAUUGUCACCCAGCGGAUCGUUUCAUUCCACUCGUAGGCUAGGAUUGCAUCGCGGUCCUGCCCAUAAAUUGGCCCUCCUUCCAGAUACCCCUCACGUAUUUUUAACGGCAGGAGAAGAUGGAGUCGUUUUUGAAGUUGAUGUCCGACAAAGCAAACCUAACAAGUUACUUACAGUAAAACAUAGCGAACGAAAAAUAGCACUCUACAGCAUAUCAAACCAUCCAAUUGAUACAAGCGAAUUCUGCGUUGGUGGCAGAGACCAAUUUGUUCGUGUUUAUGACAGACGUUACGUAUCCACGGAUGUUGAAUCGUCUCUGGUUAGCAAAUCAUGUCCUCGGCAUUUGCUCGAUUCUUCAGUUCGCGCACAUGUAACCAGCGCGGUUUACAACUUUAAUGGGUCCGAGCUCUUAGCUAGCUACAAUGAUGAAGAUAUAUAUUCAUUUUCGUCGAAGUCUGUUGAAGGAGCAGAUGCGCUUCAUCGUUACAGCGGACAUAGGAACAAUGCAACUGUUAAGGGAGUGAACUAUUAUGGGCCUAGGAGUGAAUUUGUCAUAUCAGGUUCAGAUUGUGGAAAUAUUUUCUUCUGGGACAGUUCUACAGAAGCGAUUGUCCAGUGUAUACCAGGCGAUGAAAAUGGAGUGGUCAAUUGCUUAGAGCCACACCCAAGUAUUCCCGUUCUAGCAACAAGCGGGUUGGAUGACGACGUGAAAAUUUGGACUCCAAAGUGUUUCGAUGAACCCCAGUUAUGGGAACUCAAAAAGACGGUCAAAACAAACCAACAAGAACGAGAAGAGGAACGACGCCGUGAGCCAGACACUAUUUCGGGCGAACUUCUUUGGGUGCUGUGGCGUCACGUUCGUAGAACCGAGAGGAGAAGACGGCAGCAGCAGCAACAACAACAACAGCCUCAGCAUCAACGUACGUCAAGUCAGGAAGGGAAUGAUGAAAAUGUAUCGUCCAGUAGUGAUGAAUCUGACGUGUCAGAAAGUGAUGAAGGUCCCCGAGGAGUUCAAUGUGCACCCUCAUGAAAUAAAGAAAAAGAAUCAUGCCUAAAUUGUUCUUCAAGUGGUAUCACAGAAAAAAGUUAUUUCUAUCAGAAGUAUCCGGCAAAUGAAAUCUUUGUUACAAUUUGAGUAUUUUACAAGAAAAAAGGAAAGCGAGUGAGAAAGCAAGCCAUGUGUAAAACCUAUUUCCCUAAAACCGAUUCCCUGUUCUACGUACAUUAAAAUUCGUUGUUAUCGUAGGCGCCCCGAUUGAAAUAUAUCGAAGGAACCAAA